CUCGGUCUGGGUACUGGCGACUGGCGUCAGUAGGUUUUUGAACGCCGCUGAGAGCAGCUGCAUUACAAUUUUCGAGAAUACACGGUUAGCUUUGUUGCAGCAGCACUCGUACCACCACCAACACCACAAUCAUGGCUGUCUUUGGCAUGGUCUCGGCCGUGUCCGGCUUCAUCAAGAUACGAUAUCUGCUGGACAAGGCGGUCAUCGAUAAUAUGGUAUUCCGCUGCCACUACAGGAUCACAACAGCCAUACUCUUCACCUGUUGCAUCAUUGUUACGGCCAACAAUCUCAUUGGCGAUCCCAUAAGCUGCAUCAACGAUGGCUCCAUACCAAUGCAUGUGAUCAACACAUUCUGCUGGAUCACCUAUACGUUCACGAUACCCGGACAGCAGCACAGGCAGAUUGGUACGGAUGUCGCAGGGCCAGGAUUGGGGAAUGAAUAUGGCCAGGAGAAGCGCUAUCACAGCUACUAUCAGUGGGUGCCAUUUGUGCUGUUCGCUCAGGGUCUCAUGUUCUAUAUUCCCCAUUGGAUUUGGAAGAACAUGGAGGACAAUAAGAUCCGCAUGAUUACUGAUGGUUUGCGUGGAAUGGUCAGUGUCCCAGAUGACUAUCGUCGGGAGCGGCAGGAUCGCAUCCUCAAGUACAUUGUGAGCAGUUUAAAUACCCACAAUGGCUACUCCUUUGCCUACUACAUCUGCGAGCUGCUGAACUUUGUGAAUGUGAUUGUCAACAUUUUCAUGGUGGAUAAAUUUCUGGGCGGUGCUUUCAUGUCCUACGGCACGGAUGUGGUCAAGUUCUCGAAUAUGGAUCAGGAUAAACGCUACGAUCCGAUGAUUGAGAUAUUCCCAAGGCUCACCAAAUGCACAUUCCGUAAAUUUGGUCCCAGUGGCUCUCUACAGAAGCACGAUACGCUCUGUGUAUUGGCUCUGAAUAUUCUCAACGAGAAGAUCUAUAUAUUUUUGUGGUUCUGGUUCAUUAUUUUGGCCACAAUUUCGGGGGUGGCUGUGCUCUACUCAUUGAUGGUGAUCAUGAUGCCCACCACCCGAGAGACGAUCAUCAAGCGUUCGUAUCGCUCUGGUCAGCGCAAGGAAAUUGCUGGUCUUGUCAGGCGCUUGGAGAUUGGUGACUUCCUGAUCUUGCAUUUCCUCAGCCAGAAUCUCAGCACGCGAUCAUAUUACGAUAUGCUGCAGCAGUUGUGCAGCCUUCUUGGCGCCUCACGCACCCCAUCGGCCCCAUCGACACUGGAAAUGAAUCCCAUCAGCCAUCCCAUCUAUCCGCCAGUACAGAAUUUUGCCGGCGGCAAGGAGACGGAGACAUAAGACGGAAGAGUCUCCCAAGCAAACGGAGUGACGCUUCUGAACAAUGAUUUCAAUGAUUUCUCAAUAAUAUUUGUAGGCAGAAGAGAGAGAGUGGCAGGAGGAAAGAAGAGUCGAGUCGUGUGUCGUGUCGUGUUUCCAUAUCUAGAACUAAGACUGUUUCGAGCUACUUUUUGGAUGAAUCAAUUAAAUAAUAAUUUUAUGCGAAAUUAAUAUAGCAAAA